AUGUGGUGGCAAGCCAUGCUUCCACAGCCCAUCCUUGCCGUGACGGCGGCCACAGUGCUGUACGCCGGAUGGCUGGCGAUAUCGCGAUUGUGGCUCUCCCCUCUCGCUCGCUUUCCCGGCCCAAAGCUGGCCGCGCUGACCAUGUGGUAUGAAUUUUACUUCGAUUCGCUCCUCGGCGGCCAGUAUACCUUCCAGAUUGCCGAGAUGCAUCGCCGGUACGGCCCCAUUGUGCGAAUCAGCCCCUUUGAGCUGCACAUCGACGACCCGGAGUAUUACGACGUCCUGUACUCGCGCGACAAGCCCCGGAACAAAUCCCUCCACUUGACGGGCAUGUUCGGGGCACCCGCGUCGGCCUUCGGAUCGGUGGAUCACCGACGCCAUCGCAUCCGUCGACAACCGAUGAACCCAUUCUUUUCGCAACAGCGCAUUCGAACCUUGGAGCCCAUGCUCCGAAGGAUGGUGGAGAAGCUCUGCGCAGGACUCCGGGCGUGGAAGGAAAGGAACGUCCCGCUGCAUCUGUAUCAUGCCUUCAACGCCUAUACAACGGACGUGGUCGUGGAGUACUCGAUGGGCGAGUCGUUCCAUUACCUGGAUGACCCGGACUUCACGCCACAAUGGUCAAAGACCAUCGAAGCCAUCGUGGAAGUGGGUGUGCAGUUCAAACAGUUCCAAUGGGUGAUCGGCCUCUUUGAAUUGCUUCCUCGCUGGCUCGUUGUCCUGAUCAACCCGGACAUUGGCCCGGUCAUUGAUCAGAAGGUCGAGAGUCUGCGACUGGCCAACUUGAUCAUAGAUAGUCAGUCCAACGGAGGCGCUCUUCCGGAUGAGAAAACAAGUGUACCCAAGGGAACUCUGUUCCAUGCGUUGCUCAACAGCAAACUUCCUGCAGAGGAGAAGGCGCCGGACCGCCUAAGCCAAGAGGUAUUCACGGUCAUCUCAGCCGGAGGGGAAACGACUGCCAAGAAUCUGUCCACACUCAGCUUCCAUCUGCUACAUAACCCGGAUAAGCUGCAGCGGUUACGCGAGGAGCUGAACCGACUCGACCCCGAUGGCACGGCAUCUCUGGUGGAAUAUGAGACCAUGCCUUAUCUGACAUCUGUCAUGCUUGAGGGCCUGAGACUUACCAAUGCAGUUGCAACCAGGCUGCAGCGCAGCUCGCCGGAUCAAGUCAUGAUGUACAAAGAUUGGGCUAUUCCCCCCGGGACGCCCGUCGGCAUGACGAGUAUGUUCUUGCAUCACAACGAGGAAAUUUUCCCCAAUGCCCAAAGCUUCAUCCCCGAGCGAUGGAUGGACCCGGAACAGCGAAAGGCGCUGGAGAGGUAUCUUGUUCCCUUCAGCAAGGGGUCAAGGCAGUGUGUUGGCAUUCCCCUCGCCCGAGCGGAGAUUCUUUUGGCCAUUGCCACAAUAUUCAGGGAAUUCGAGAUGGAGCUACACGAGACUACCGUCGAGGACGUGCGAAUAGUGCGAGAUAUGUUCAAUGGUCACCCACGGAAGGGAAGCCAAGGCGUUCGUGUGAUGAUCAAGAGCUGCCAUGAGCAUCCUAGGGCGAGUAGUAAGUCAUGA